UACGCAUUUCACGGCCUUAUAUAUCAAUUUGUACUAUAUAAUAAAAGAUUUAUGCAUUUUUUAUAUAUAAAACAAUUAGGGUUAAAAUAGAACCAUAAGAGACUCACAGACUCUGUAGUCAAAGAACUGCCAUGGAAGAGGUAAGGUCGAGCUCUGCUUGGGUUGCCACUCACUCUUCUCACGUGGUGGUUGACUCCACAGGGAUUGAGAAGGUUGUAGAGAAUAUCAAAGACUCGAUUCCUAAGGUAGAGUGGGAUUAUGAAGGUAUUCACUACUUUGAUAACGGCCCCCUCACCGUUCAGUACCUGUUCGUUUUAGAUGCUCUGAAUUUUUGCUUUUGGCCUGAUAAGGAUUUAAAUUAUGAUCAUUUGGCAUCGGGGCUAAAGGCAGCUCUGCAGAAUGACAAAUCUGCAUUUGAUGCUGAUCGUUUGCAAAAAUACACUGGUUCUCAAUUACGUGAAUUGUUGAAAUGGCCGAGGCCACUUCCUUUGGAGGAUGAACGAGUUCGCUUACUGCACGAGGUUGGGCUUGAACUGGAAAGAAACUUUGGAGGUAAAGCAUCCAAUCUUGUGGAACUCUCUGGAAAAUCAGCGGUGAAACUUGUUUCUCUUGUCACUCGUCACUUCCCUGGCUUUCGAGACCAUUCGGUGUAUAAAGGGCACCAGGUAUUCUUGUACAAACGAGCACAGAUUUUUGCUGCAGAUAUAUGGGGUGCAUUCAAAGGGCAAGGAUAUGGAGAAUUUAAUGAUAUUGGUGCAAUAACUAUGUUUGCGGACUAUGUUGUUCCGGCAGUGCUUCAGCAGCUUGGUGUGCUGAAAUAUAGUUCAAGCCUUGCCAGCAAAAUUGAGACUAAUGGUGAAAUAGGUUCAGGCACUGAGGAGGAAGUUGAAUUACGAGCUUGCUCUGUAUAUGCUGUGGAGAAAAUGAGGGAACUAAUCGGUAUAAAAUCAGGAAAGCAGGUUCUGAGUGUGGAGCUAGACCUUUGGCUCUGGUCUGUUGGUGUACAAUCUGCUCUACAGCACCAUCGAACUCUUUCAAUUUACUAUUGACUGGACAAUAUGAGAUGGUUGUCAUUUUGCUAUAUAUUAACCUUUGAGUUCAAAAGUUUUAGCUUGGAGAAUUUGAGGUAGCUUAUUAGGACUAGAUUGACAUUAGUUCCUUUCUUUUUAACAAUUCUGAAAAUUUUGGAGUAAAACCCUUUUAAAAACUUUACCAUUGAGAAUUGAUCAGUAUGAACCAAAAUGACUUUUAUCUAUAAAAUAGUUAAUUUUAAGUUGUUUUAUGAAAUUCUUCCUCCAAGAAAUGGCUUUCUUUGUCUGGGCAACACCCAUAUUUCAUCCAGGUGAAUACGUAGAAGUCAAUAUCAGCAGAACUGUGGCAUAUAUUUAUGUGCUUCCUUGUUUUGUAUGCUAAUUUGAUUGUACCUGAUGAGGAGAAAUUUGGCAGUCCUCUCAGGUAUUUGGUUAAAGUUCUUUAUGUACAUUAGACCUCACAUGAAACUUGUUAUUUAUAAUCAUUGUCUUUAGACUCUUAAUAUGAGGAGAGGGAGUACUGAGAUCACAUGAUGACUCUUGUAGAUGUCAAUUGCACCGUUUGACCAGCUUAGAUUCAGAUUGAGUCACUGUUGUUUGCAAUAAUAUUAAGUAGGAAUUGCUGAUUCUGCUGAUGCAUGUAUGCUUGGCUCGUCAGCUUCUGUCCUGAUAUAUGGGUUUAGUAAAAACAAUUUGUAAUUGGAGUUCAAGGUAGCAAAAACAGUUGUGGCUAGAAAGUUGCUUAUGCCAAAUAUCACAAAAAUAGUUUUAUCUUUUGCCACCGGCACUAUAUAAUUUGUUGGACAGAAAGCCUUUUUCUCCAUUCAUAGGUAAAUUUUGAAAAUACGCAGUGUGGAAUUUUCUUUGCAGUGCUGGUGCAAAGAAUUCUAGGAACUACUUUUGAUUGUCAUAGUGUGUAACAUUUAGACCCUGUUUUGGUCUAAAAGUUACCCAA